AUGGAGGCUACACUUUUGCCCAACCCCAAGGAUACUAAUGCCACAAUUUUGUUGAUGGGAUUAAGACGAGGUGGCAAGUCGUCUAUUUGCAAAGUUGUAUUCCACAACAUGCAGCCUUUGGAUACGUUGUAUUUGGAAAGUACAUCCAAGCCCACAACAGAGCAGUUCAGCUCGCUCAUAGAUCUUUCGGUGAUGGAAUUACCGGGUCAGUUGAACUACUUCGAGCCCAAUUACGACUCAGAAAGGCUCUUUUCGUCUAUCGGAGCUUUGGUUUAUGUGAUUGACUCACAGGACGAAUACUUGAAUGCUUUGACCAAUUUAUCGAUGAUCAUAGAAUUUGCAUACAAAGUCAACCCCAAGAUCAACAUUGAGGUAUUAAUCCACAAAAUCGAUGGGUUGUCGGAAGACUACCGUAUCGAUGCCCAGAGAGAUAUCAUGCAAAGAACCGGCGACGAAUUGUUGGACUUGGGGCUUGAAGGCGUGCAAGUGUCUUUCUACUUGACUUCUAUUUUUGACCAUUCUAUCUACGAAGCAUUUUCGAGAAUCGUCCAGAAGUUAAUUCCCGAGUUGCCUUCCUUAGAAAAUAUGCUUGACAACUUGGUACAGCACUCAUCUAUCGACAAGGUCUUUUUGUUUGACGUCAACUCCAAGAUUUACGUAGCCACAGAUUCGUCACCAGUAGACAUUCAGACUUACGAAGUUUGUGCCGAAUUCAUUGACAUUACCAUCGACCUUGAUGAUUUGUAUGUGGAAAACGAGUCUGGAACCAGAAAACAAAAUUCAACAAGUCAACAAAAGGAGCUCAAGUCUGUAAGUCAUCUUUCAAACGGUUCCAUAUUGUACUUGAAGCAGAUGAUCAGAGGUCUAGCUCUUGUAGCCCUAAUCAGAAACGACGAAGUCCGAAACUCUGCCAACAAUACUACAAAUACGAACAAGAUAAAUAGCGACUUCAGUGACGACAAUGUCGACGUAUUGGAGUCAUCUAGAACAAAUAACCAGGACAGUUCUUUGGCCAUCAUCGACUACAAUGUAAAUCUUUUCAAACAGGCCAUGAUGCGGAUGUGGGAAAACUCCAGAUUCAUCAACCCCAACGAGCCGCUAGAGCGUGGCUCUCUGGCGGAGUCCCAUCUCUACGUUUCAGACAGCAAUGGAGCAGGCAGUGGUUUAUAUAAGGGUAUCAACAAUAACGGCCUGACGACUCAAGAUCACUUCAACUAA